CUCAAUCACAAUCACCCUCUCUCAAGAGCCUUGCCCUUGUGUACCUCUCUCUAGGCACAAUUCUGUCCUUAGAUUUCUACUUAUAUUCAGUUGGCCUCUUGUACCUUCCUGUCUCCACCUACUCCCUCAUUUGCUCCUCCCAAUUGGCCUUCAAUGCCUUCUUCCCCUUCUUCCUAAAUUCCCAAAAGUUCACCUCCUACAUCAUUAACUCCCUAGUCCUCCUCACAAUCUCCUCAACCCUCCUUGUGUUCCAAUAAGAUUCAGAAGUCCCCAAGGGGGUCUCCAGUGGGAAAUAUGCACUAGGGUUUGUGUGCACCAUUGGGGCAUCAGCUGGUUAUGGGCUUAUCCUUUCCUUGGCCCAACUUUGCUUUAGGAGGGUCAUUAGGAAGGAGACGUUUAGGGCAGUUUUGGACAUGCUUGUGUACCAAUCUUUAGUGGCUAGUGUGAUUGUUGUGGUGGGGUUGUUUGCGAGUGGAGAGUGGGAGCAUUUGGGGAGAGAGAUGGAUGGGUAUGAGCUUGGGAAGGUGAGCUAUGUUAUGAACUUGGUCGGGACAGCAAUUUCUUGGCAAGUGUUUGGAAUCGGCGCAAUUGGAUUGAUUAAGGACGUAUCAUCUUUGUUCUCAAACUCUAAUGGUGUAAUGGGGUUGCCAAUUGUGCCCAUUCUCGCAGUUGUGUUCUUUGGGGAUAGGAUGGAUGGGAUCAUGGUAAUGUCUAUGAUCUUUGCCAUUUGGGGGUUCAUUUCUUUUGUGUACCAGCAUAAAUUGGACGUUGCCAUGCUGAAGGCGCAAAGGAAUAGUGUUGAUGGGGAUGAGGUUAGUGCAAGUUCGCCACUGAAUGCUCCAAUUGCAAGAGUUGGUGGAUGAAUAAAGUUGGAGGAGUGUUUCAGUUUGUGUUAAUCCAACUUUAAGUUGGGAGAGGUAAUUUUCUUGCUGUAACCAUUUGGUGGAGAAAAUCAAGGAACAUAAUAAGGAGAUUGAAACUGUUGC